AUGGCGAUCCUUCAAAAAAGCAUUCUUCUUCGUUCUGGUAUAGAAAUCCCUCAAAUUGGUUUUGGAACCUAUCAAAUGAAAGGGCCACCCUGCGAAUCUGCUGUUGAAUACGCUUUAUCAGUAGGCUACAGACACAUAGAUACAGCUAUUUUUUACCAAAACGAAAGGAUAAUUGGCCGAGUCAUAAAGCCAUAUGAAAGGCAAAAAUUAUUUAUCACAUCAAAAAUCCCACCAAACCUUCAAGGCUAUGACACCGCUUACAAUGCAGUCCUUUCUUCCAUUGAAAAUUUGGAUACAGAUUAUCUUGACCUAGUCCUUAUUCACUGACCCGGAGUCUCAGGAAAUAGCCCAAACGACCCCAAAAAUGCACAAACAAGAUUAAAUACAUGAAGGGCACUAGAGCAGCUGAAAAAAGAAAAUAAAAUCAGGUCAAUUGGAGUCAGCAAUUUCCUUGUCAGCCAUCUAAGAAAGCUAAUGGACCAUGCAGAAAUUAUUCCUGACAUUAAUCAAGUAGAAUAUCACCCUUUGUGCCAAAAUCAAAAUUUAUUAGAAUUUUGUAAGGAAAACCAUAUUCAAAUUGAAGCUUAUUCGCCAUUGGCAAGAGGAAAUGAACAAUUGUGGAGUAAUCGAGAUGUUGUUAGGAUUGCUAGGGAAAGAAGUGCAACAAUUGCUCAGGUACUUUUGAAGUGGGGAAUUAAUAAAGGCUUUGUGGUGCUUCCGAAGAGUGUGACGAGAGAAAGAAUACUUGAAAAUAUUCAGUUAGACCAUUUCGAGUUGAGUGAACAUGAUAUGGAAACUUUGGAGAAUCUUAAUCAAGAUUUGCACACGUGUUGGAAUCCGGUGAAUAUCCUAUAA